AUGGGUGUUUCCUACCAAGAAUCUCCAUCAUUGCUUCUGCAAGAUCUGAAAGUUACGAUCAAAGAAUCAACACUCAUUUUCCCAUCCGAAGAAACCAUAACCAAUAAGAGAAAAUCCAUGUUCUUGUCCAAUGUCGACCAAGUUCUCAACUUUGAUGUCCAAACGGUUCAUUUCUUCCGAUCAAACAAGGAUUUUCCUCCGGAGAUUGUGUUAGAGAAGCUGAGAAAGGCGUUGGUGAAAGCCAUGGUCGUUUAUGAGUUCUUGGCCGGGAGACUCCGCCUAAACCCUAGCUCUGGACGGCUUGAUGUUGAUUGUAACGGUGCCGGAGCUGGAUUUGUGACGGCGGCGAGUGAGUACACGUUGGAGGAACUUGGAGAUUUGGUUUAUCCAAAUCCAGCUUUUGCUCAACUGGUUACUAGUCAGCUUGAAAGCUUGCCCAAAGAUGAUCAACCCUUGUUUGCUUUUCAGAUGACGUCAUUCAAGUGCGGUGGAUUUGCAAUGGGACUCUCAACAAACCACACAACGUUCGAUGGACUUAGUUUCAAAAUAUUUCUUGAAAACUUAGCCUCUCUACUAAGUGAGAAGCCCUUAUCAACACCUCCUUGCAACGACCGUACUCUUCUCAAAGCUCGUACUCCACCACGUGUAACAUUCCCACACCACGAGCUUGUCCAGCUCCAAGACUCCAAGACGUCAACAGUCUUCGAAGCCACUUCAGAACACUUAGACUUCAACAUCUUCAAGAUAUCCUCUCAACAAAUCCAGAGCCUCAAAGAGAAGGCCGUGAGGAGUAGUAGCAGUUGUUCUGUUCGUGUGACGGGUUUCAAUGUUGUAACCGCUUUGGUUUGGAGGUGCAAGGCACUCUCUUUCACAAAAGUAGAAGAAGAAGAUCUUGAAAAAGAAUCAACGAUUCUUUACGCGGUGGACAUUAGAGGGAGGCUGAAUCCUCAGCUUCCCUCUGAGUACACAGGAAAUGCGGUUUUAACCGCAUAUGCAAAGGCAAAACGAAAGGCAUUGCUUGAAGAGACGUUUGGGAGAAUUGUGGAAAUGGUAGGAGAAGGGUCGAAGAGGAUAACGGAUGAGUAUGCAAGAUCUGUUAUAGACUGGGGAGAGAUAUACAAAGGGUUUCCGCAUGGUGAAGUUUUAGUUUCUUCGUGGUGGAAACUUGGAUUUCCAGAGGUUGAGUAUCCAUGGGGGAAGCCUAAGUAUUGCUGUCCCAUUGUGUAUCAUCGGAAAGACAUAGUUCUGCUGUUUCCUGACAUUGAUGGAGAUAGUAAAGGUGUUAAUGUAUUGGCUGCUUUGCCUUCUAAGGAGAUGACUAAGUUUCAAGAUUGGCUUGAAGACACCCUUUCUUAA